ACUGACAGUAAAGCCUCCUCAUCCUCCCCCCCAUCGUGAGUGCCUGAGUGUGGGAUAGAGAGCGCCACCGCACCGUCAUGGCCAACCACCUGGAGCUCCUGAACGAGCUGCAGCAGCUGGACAAGGUGCCCAGCCUGGAGCGUCUGCGGGCCGCCCAGAAGCGGCGCGCGCAGCAGCUGAAGCGCUGGGCCGCCUACGAGAAGGAGAUCAACAGCAAGAAGCGCAAGGCCGACAAGCAGCAGCGCCGGGGAGGCGGAGGGGGACUCGGCGCCCUCAGCCGCAAGCGAGUGUCCUUCUCGGCCAACGUGGCCUUGCUGGAGGCCUCCGCCAGGAACGACGCGGACGAAGUGCGAUACCUACUGAAGAACAACGUUAGCCCUGACCUCUGCAACGAAGACGGCCUCACGGCAUUACACCAGUGCUGCAUAGAUAACUAUGAGGAGAUGGUGAGGAUCCUGCUGGAGCGCGGUGCUAAUGUGAACGCUCAGGACAACGAGCUCUGGACGCCGCUACACGCCGCAGCCACCUGCGGACACGCCGGCCUCGUCAAGAUACUCAUACACCAUGGGGCAGAUCUGCUGGCCGUCAACUCUGAUGGCAACAUGCCCUAUGACCUUUGCGAGGACGACCCCACGCUGGACAUCAUCGAGACGGCCAUGGCCAACCGAGGCAUUACACAGGAGAUGAUCAAUGAGACGCGGGCAUCGGUGGAGAGGAGGAUGCUGGGAGACAUCCAGAACCUUCUGCGAGACAGCGAGGACGUGAACCAGCACGACUCCCAGGGCGCCACACUGCUCCACAUCGCGGCGGCCAAUGGCUACGCCCAGGCGGCAGAGCUGCUACUGGAGGGCGGGGCCAGGACGGACCCGCGGGACUCGGACGGCUGGCAACCGCUCCACGCGGCCGCCUGCUGGGGACAGAUGCAGGUUGCAGAGCUGCUGGUCUCGCAUGGAGCCAGUCUCAACGCCAGGACUUAUCUGGAUGAGACGCCCAUAGACCUGUGUGAGGAUGAAGAGUUCAGGGCUGUUCUGCUCGACCUAAAGCACAAGCACGACAUCAUCAUGAAGUCCCAGUUGAAGCACAAAACCUCCCUGUGCCGGCGGACGUCCAGCGCAGGCAGCCGCGGGAAAGUGGUUCGGAGGGCCAGUCUGUCCGACCGGCACAACCUGUGCCGUAAAGAAUAUGAGACGGAGGCCAUUGUGUGGAGAGGAGGAAGGGAGGAGAGAGAGAAGGAGUCUGAUCAGGAAAACGGCCAUUCAGCCAAGGGGCGACCCCCGCGGAUCAUCAAAGAUGGCGGCCGGCAGAACGGCUGCAUCUCCACCUCCAGCUCCACGGCCACGCCAGCCCACCCUCCGUCCAACGGCGAGCCUCCCACCACCCCGCCACAGCCCCGUCCCACGCCCGUCCCCGCAGCCCAUAACACCACCACCACCAGCAGCAGCAGCAGCCCGUCCCCCAGCGAGGAGCCCUGGGCCCCGGGUGGUGGUGGCCCAGGGGGGCGUAGCGACCGCCCCCAGACGCUCUCGGAGCUCAAGAAGCAGCGCGCGGCCGCCAAGCUCCUCAACCACCCGCUGCUCAACGGUCACCUGGGCAACGGCUCGGCCAACUCGGUGGACAAGUCCCCGUCGUCGCAGGCCAGCAGCCCCGAGGACUCGCGCAUGCCCCUGGUCUCGUCCAAUGGCAGCGCGGUAUACUUCACGCCGGCCAGCGGAGACCCGCCCCUGCUGAAGUUCAAGCAGCCAAUGGAGGAGGAGAACGCCAAGGGACGCAGCUGCUGUUGCAUAUCGUAAAGGAGGAGACGGGGUGUGUGUCGGCGCAUAUACGUUAUGUGUGUUGGAGAAAGAGAGGUGCGUUGGUGUGUCUGUGUGUGUAGGGGGGCACACUACAAGGGGAGCGGAGCGGAGUAGAACAGGGCAGCAAAGGCACUGUACUGGAGGCAGACAGGCAGGCUGGCUCGAAGGCGGACAGUCAGUACCACGUCCCAGUAGGAAGAGGAAAGCCCAAUUCGGAGAUGAAAACGACGGUGCAACAUGAGUGCUUUAUUUUUUCCCCUUGUCCUUUAGCACCACCUAGCUGUGGAUUCACAGUGUUGCAGGUCUCCCUCAGCAGAAGCAGCAGGCCAAAGCCCUGCCAUUUCUGAAGAAGAAGAAGAUUAGAAAGGAAAGAGAGGAGGAAAUUAUAAGAGAGAA